AUGGGCGUCCGCGGCGGUUUCUGGAAGGUCCUGCAGCCGUACGCGCGGCAGCAAGGCAUGGGGUUCCUUCGCGGCCGCCGCGUCGCCGUCGACCUCUCCUCGUGGAUCGUCUCCGCCAUGAGCACCAAGUCGCCCACCCUCCGCAACAUCUUCUUCCGCACGCUCUCCCUCUUCUCCAAGAUGGGGGCGUUCCCAGUGUUCGUGCUGGACGGCGUGCCGUCGCCGCUCAAGGCCAAGGCCACCUCUACAAGUGAAGCAUUCACGCGAUGCGUCCACGAGUGUGUGGUAGGUCUCAACUGCUUGGGCAUGCCGAUACUCCGGGCAAAGGGCGAGGCGGAAGCACUGUGCGCCCAGUUGAAUCGUGACGGCAAGGUGGACGCCUGCAUUACCUCUGACAGCGAUGCCUUCCUCUGUGGAGCCAACACUGUCAUCAAAGUGUUCUCCUCCACUGUCAAGGAGCCUUUUGAGUGCUACAACAUACAAGACAUCCAGGAUGGCAUUGGGUUGAGUAGGAAACGAAUGAUAGCCAUGGCGCUUCUUAUUGGCUGUGACUAUGAUUUGAUGGGGGUGCCCGGUGUGGGUCUUGAGACCGCACUUGCGUUUGUGCAGUUAUUUCAUGAGGAACAUAUCUUGGAUGAAUUACGUGCAAUCGGUAAAGGAAUAUAUCCACCUGCAGCUUUCGCAUCUCAAUGUCGUAGCCUUGUCAAGGCGCGUGAUCUGAAUUGGAAAAUCAAUGUCUGCAAAAGAUUAGCUGCUCACCCAAAUUUCCCAAAUGAGGAGAUAAUUAAACUAUAUCUAUGUGAUGACAAUUUGGAUACAGUUAAACGGAUCAAGAAAAUACAUGGCAACCCUCAUUACUUGGUCCAAUGGAAGAGCCAUGCCGACGAUCGCAUGUUUUUACACACCGAUGAAGAUGUCCAGCUUGUGGAUGAGGCAUUUCCUAAUGAAGCACGACGGCAUAAGUGGCUCAAAGGGCGAGUGAAAUCAGGAGCAAACUGGAAUCAGUUGCUGGUGCCGAAUGAAGAGAAAUCAAGAGCAAACAACAUGUCCAAGACACCUAAAGGCGCAAGACCCAGACCCAGCAGGAUGCAGCUUAGCAUCAAGGAUUUCUAUCGCUCCAAGAAGCCUCACGUAGAAAUGGGCGAGACGUCGACAAGAAAAUCCUCACCCGUGUCUCAGCGACGCCGCUUGCUGUUGGGCUGA